UACACCUGCACAUACACAUUAGCAGCACACAGACACGGAGGAAUGAAAUGUGGAGUGUUGCUAUGAGAGGGGUGGAUUUACAUGAAGGACAGCGCAGCAGAGACAAGUGGAGUGGAGGAGGGGGAGUCUCACACACUGGGACAAGAACAUGACUUGAAGAUGAGCUGUCCUCAGACUGAGUUUGAGGAGAAGGAAAGUCCUCCUCCGGAGGAGUUAGAGUGUAAAAUCUGUUAUCAGCGUUACAAUGUCCACCACCGGAAGCCUAAAAUCCUGGACUGCCUUCACCGGGUCUGCGGCCGUUGUCUCAUUAAAAUCCUGGAUAUUGCUGACAGUGCAGGCUGCAUCUCCUGCCCCUUUUGCCGACACCAAACUGAGAUCACUGAGCAGGAGAUUUCAGCCCUGCCUGAUGAUGUUAACAUCAUGUCCCACUUGGUGAUGCGGGACAAAUCCUGGAACUCCGACCAAAACAGGGAGGUGGUCUUGACUCCAAAGAGUUUCUCCUCCUCCAGCCCAUCUCGUGACUCAUCCAACUGCCUGGUAAUCACUAUAAUGGAGGUGCAGAGGGACUCACAACACUCUCCAAGCCAAAAUGGCAGCUCAGAUGUUUAUGCUGAGCAAAGCCUGGACUCAGUAUCUAUAGGCUCUAAUGGGCCAGCAGAUCAGGAUGCCUUGUCCAAGUUCUGUAAUCAUGUCCCACGCAUCCUGGUCUGGCUUCUGGGUUUCUUAUACUUUGGCUCACUUCCUCUUGGAAUCUACUUGCUGGUGAUUCAGAGAGUGACUCUGGGCAUUGUAUGUGUUAGCUUAGUGCCAUCAAGCCUGACAGUUUGCCUGGUCUAUGGAUUCUGCCAGUGCCUUUGUCAAGGCAUGUGUGACUGCUCUUCCAGAGGAUGAUGGGAUCCUGAAAACCGGUUGUCCUAGGAUAGGAAAGAGUCAGCCUGUGGGAGUAGAGGCCUCCAGGUAAAGAUGAUAUCCUCUCCUGCACAGGCAUAACAAGCUGAGCAGUCAGUUACCUUCAUGCAAAUAAAAGGCCAGUGAGACAAAAUAAGUCAGUUUUCAGUGAUGUGCUGUGCUUUUGUUAGACGUACUGCUUCAACGGAGACACCAGCUUGGUCAAGAGAAACAGAGCCACUGGCAUGGUCUGUCAGCAGCCUAUACCGACUUUUCUGUGAUGUAUUUUUGUGACCUUUAUUUGUUAUGUGUUGUGUGUUGACCUAGUCUAACAUAGCAUUUGACAACAAACCUUUAACCCUCGACUUGCAUAAUAACAACACUGACAGGAGUCCUGUGCCCUCAAUUAUCAACAUUGUUUAUGUACAGAAAUCCGGGAUGCAAACCUUUUUAAAUUAAAUUUGGGAUUAUGUGAACUGAUAUGAAAUGUGAAUACAGUUUUCAAAGCAUUAUAAUGGCUUACAAGAAAGGUCUGUUUAUUUACUCGUUUUUCAAACUCGUUUUAAUUACUGCAAUUGACAGCUGCCAACAACAAAAAGAAAAUAAAUUGGGUGUGAUUUAGGUCUGUGGUUAUCUAUGGUUUAUUAUGAACUAGUCUGCUGAUGAGCCUGCUGAUCGUGCAUUUUUGUUACAACAGUUUAAUAUCCUACUUGAAACACUGUUCCUCAAAGUGAGUGUGAAGGACAGGUCAUAAUGUGAGAACUGCAAACACAGUGACUUGACAUUUUCUGUAUGUUAUCCAUCUGGCUCGAUUUCUCAGCUUUCCUCACUUUUGAAAAAAACUAUCUGCAUGCAAAGCAUGUUUUUUGCCAUGACAAAAUACAAAACACUAAUGAAAACCUGUGACUUGGCCAUAAUUUAUCUGUUACACAAGUAGCACACAGGCAGAGGUGUGACGAGGUUCUUGCUGUUAGUGAAUAUGCAUUUCUGCACCUCUAGCUUUCACUCCAUUCGGGCUACUGUGACAGUGCAUGUGAGGCAUAAACUAGGCUCAUACCUCAGGUUUUUUGAUACUUACUGUCAAACAACACAUCUUCCACUCAGUUUGUCCUUUGGCUUUAGCAACUCUGCUAUUCUUGAUUUUUUGGUACAGGUAACGAGCUUGUUUUGCUCAAAGAUACUAUUUAUGGUAAGAUGAGUGUCGUGGUAGAAGCCAAAUUUGCACGUUUUGCAACAGCUGUCUUAAUUGUCUGCUGCAUGUUUAAAAAAAAGGCUCUUCCUACAUGUGUCACCUGGAAAUACUGACUCAACAAAUUGUGUUUUAAUUCAGUUUUAUAAAAAAGAAAGUAAGAAAGAAAGAAAGAAGAAAAGUCCAGAAUUUUAAAUGCUAUUUUUGAUCAAGUCUUUUCCUUUGUGUUGCAGAAAGAAAUUUCCCUUAAAGCUUUGUUUUGUUGUAGCAGAAAUUUCUCUUAAUUUUAUCCAGCAGUGCCUGACAUUUCCAGAACCAGUUAAAAUAGUUUUACCAUUUAAUUGCUUUAAUGGGGCAUUUCAUUCUGUAAAUCAAACAAAAUCAAACAAAGUUCAUGAGCAGGAGAGUAUAGUACGACCUUUGUUGAAUUCAAAAGUAGGCUUUAUUUUACUCUUCGGAGAACAUUUAGAGUUUUUUCUGUUAAAAUGUUGAUAACUGAGGGGCCUAGAACUAUUAUUUUUCAUAUAUCCAAUGACUGAAGUCGGGUAAUGGUACAUUUCAUCAAAACGCAGAUGUAGCAUUUACAAUUCAUUUGAGUGAUAAACUUUUUCUCUAUUCUGUAUGUCCUGAUGAUUUUCUGUCAUUUGGGCUCUAUAUUUUUAUUUCUUGGAUUUCCUUUGUCAGCUGCUCUAUCUGUUGCUGUACAUUUUAUCUUUUAUGAUUUCCUGUAUUUCUGCUUAUGAUACAGUGACAGCAGCUUAGCUCUAUGCUACCGAGUACAGACGCUACUAGGCAAUGAAAUAAAUGGAACUAUUUUCUUCUA